UUUUUCUUUAUGGAGAAAUUUAUUCAAGUGAGACCUCAAUGCAUUGUCUAACUAAUAUUGCAACUAGCAUAGAAACUCACUGCGGCAUGCAUGCGCGUAAUUAGCAGAAUCGGUUAUGUUGUUGGAAGGGCUCAACUUGGUUCUGUUGUUUUCUUUGUGCAGAUGGGAGUUAGUGAUGAUUUUGACAGUGUUUUCAAAGAAAUGCUGGACAGUAAUAUAUGUGCGGAUAAUUCUUCACUUUAUGUGUGGUCUGCGAGUUUUUUUGAGUUGAAGGGAAAAUUGCGCGAUGCUCUCAACAUCUAUCAUCUUGGCAUUUCCAGGAAUGCGGAGCCAAUUGAGUGGUUGAAGAAGGCACAGACCUUAUUUCUCAAUAGAAUUUCUGAAAUACAGAAUGCUGCUUCAAGUCAGAAG